GUGAAGGGCGGGGCGGCUGAGAGCAGCGCUGCUGUGACAGCUCAGCGUUUAUUUGUUAUUUUUUGAGGGGAAAAAGUUCAGAAAGACGCGCCGCUUUUCUAACAUCAUUGGGAGUAAACGGCGUUUCUCUGCUUCAAUGUCUCUCAGUCCGUCCGAGCCGACCGUGGAGCAGAACCGGCUCUGUGUUCGCUGAACGGAAACUCCCAUCACACCGCAUCCUCUUACCACGAGGGAGGUGUCAUGGAGCUCAGCCUUUUGGGAUAAAGUGUUGGUUAUGGAGCAGCACAUUAGUGAUGAUGAACCGCCAGUAGUUCACAGAGAGGAAAACAAGAGGAGGAGAAGAAAAAUGAAAGCUUUUACAUCAGCUUCGUCUGUGGCAAUGGAUCACUUAGCAAUGGAGUUUGUGCUUCCAACCACAAACAAGGCAACCAAGAGCCCUGACUCGCUGCAGCUGGACGUGGUCGGGAACUGGACUGUCGAGCAGGUAAAAGCCCAGCUGUGGCUGAGGGCCGUCACAACCAACCUGUGCCCCGAAUUCUACCAGAAGUACUCGCCCGACCACUGCGUCCUGCUCUACCAAAAGAAGGGCAGCUGGUGUGAGAUCUAUGAUAAGCACCAGGUGUUCCAAACCCUUGAUUGCAUUCGCUACUGGAAAGCCCUGAAGAAGGAUGUUGGAAAAAUUCAUGUGGUCCCGAGGCCCCAACCUUCCGAUGAAUCCGUCCAGUACCAGAAGUUUCUGAAUCAUCUUAUAGGAUACGACGUCACGGAUGUCAGCAAUGUCCAUGAUGAUGAGCUGGAGUUCACGAGAAGGAAGUUACUUACGCCCCGAAAAAUCGAGCUGGCCGACAGAGACCCCAAACUUUACUCAAUGGAUCCUUGGAUAACCACAAAAUCUUUGCCUGAUUACUUGCUCAGCAAGAUCACAAACAAUUACAUCCUGCUCGUGAUACAUGUAUAUACCUCUAGUCAGACAAUAAAGGUAUCCAUAGAUGACACACCUGUUCAGGUACUACAGAGUUUCUUCACGAAGAUCGCCAACAAGAGGGCACUCCUCGGUAUUCCAGAGGAGGUCAACGAAUCCGAUUUCGUUCUCAGAGUCUGCGGAAGAGAAGAAUAUAUUUACGGAAACUAUGCCAUCAAAGACUUCCACUGGAUCAGGCAAUGCCUCAAAAUUGGAGAAGAGAUCCAUUUGGUGCUCGAACCCCCUCCGAACCCAGAACAAGAUGGGGUCCAGAAGGAGGACUGGUCCCAGGUGGACGACUGCACCGGAGUGGCUGGCACCCAUGAACAACUGACCAUUGAUGAGAAAGACCAUGAGAAGGUGUUCACCAUCUCACUCUGGGACUGCAACCGCAAGUUCAGAGUCAAAAUCUUGGGCAUUGACAUCCCAGUUCUGCCUCGCAAUUCAGAGCUGAUUGUGUUUGUGGAGGCCAGCAUUUUCCAUGGGCAGCAGUUGCUGGCUCAGGAGAGGACGUCUCCCAAGCCCUUCACUGAGGAGGUGCUGUGGAAUACUUGGCUAGAGUUCAACAUCAAGAUUAAGGACUUGCCCAAAGGUGCCCGGCUGAAUCUUCAAGUGUUGUGUAGCAAGGGGCAAACCCAGACCUCCCGGGACAGCGGCACGCACGACUGCAAAAACAAGAGCCGCCUGCUCUACUAUGUUAACCUGCUAGUGGUGGACCACAGAUCCCUGCUCAGACAGGGAGAGUUCAUCCUGCACAUGUGGAAGAUGCCAGAGAAAAGUGAGGACAACAGCAGCGUGAACGCAGACAAGCUUACUUCGGCCACCAAUCCAGACAAAACGAGUUCCAUGGCCAUCGCGGUGCUCCUGGACAAGUAUUGCUACCCUGUUGCUCUACCUAAGAGCAGGGAUCCUCGAGAUGCCUCCGAAAUGGAGGGCGAGAGAGGCAAAAGAGAGAUGCCGAAUCACUUGCGCAAGCAGUUCGAGCAGAUAGUGGCCACCGACCCUCUGCAUCCGCUAAGUUCCGAAGACAAGGAGCUCCUCUGGCAUUUCAGGCAGGAGUGCAUGCGGCAUCCCACGGCCUACCCAAAGUUCCUUGGCUCUGUGAAGUGGGGAAAACAGGAAGCUGUGAUGGCCACGCAUCAGCUACUGGAGAGGAGCACCACAUGGGACCGUAGCGCUCUUGAUGUGGGCUUAGCCAUGCAGCUGUUGGAUUGCCACUUUUCUGACGCAAAUGUGCGCACUAUGGCUGUCAGAAAGUUGGAAACUCUUGGUGACGACGAUGUCCUACGAUACCUUUUGCAGCUGGUUCAGGCGGUGAAGUUUGAGCCCUAUCAUGACAGCGCACUCGCCAGGUUCCUGCUGAAGCGCGCUCUCAGGAGUAAGCGGAUUGGCCAUUUCUUGUUCUGGUUCCUGAGGAGCGAGAUAGCUCAGUCGAUGCACUAUCAGCAGAGGUACGCAGUUAUUUUGGAGGCCUACCUGCGCGGCUGUGGAGAGGCGAUGCUGCAGGACUUCAGUAAGCAGGUGGAGAUCACAGAGGCGCUGCAGAAGGUCACGCGUGAGAUCAAGGCCGUGUCUGCUGAGAAAUACGACGUAUCGGCGCAAGUUGUUCUUCAGCUGCGUCAGAAGCUGGAGACUCUGCAGAUGUCCGGCCUGCCGGAGAGCUUUAAAGUGCCGUUCGACCCGGGCCUGCGGGCAGGAGCGCUGGUGAUUGAACAGUGUAAAGUGAUGGCAUCCAAGAAGAAACCGCUGUGGCUGCAGUUUAAGCGAGCCGACCCCACCACUUUAUCCAGCGACACCAUCGGGGUGAUCUUCAAGGACGGAGACGACCUCCGCCAGGACAUGUUAAUACUGCAGAUUUUGUUAAUUAUGGAGUCUAUUUGGGAGACGGAGUCGUUAGAUCUGUCCUUAUUGCCUUACGGUUGCAUUUCCACCGGAAACAAAAUUGGGAUGAUUGAGAUAGUGAAGGAUGCCACCACCAUUGCUAACAUCCAGCAGAGCACUGUGGGGAACACUGGCGCUUUUAAAGACGAGAUCCUGAACCAGUGGCUGCGAGACAAGUGCGUAAAUGAGGACAAGUAUCAGCAGGCAGUGGAGCGCUUUGUGUACUCCUGUGGAGGCUACUGUGUGGCUACAUACGUCCUGGGGAUCGGUGACCGCCACAACGACAACAUCAUGAUCACAGAAUCUGGAAACCUUUUCCACAUUGACUUCGGACACAUCCUCGGAAACUACAAGAGCUUUCUGGGCAUAAGCAAGGAACGGGUGCCCUUCGUUUUGACCCCUGAUUUUCUCUACGUGAUGGGAACGACAGGAAAGAAGAGCAGCCCGAAUUUCCUGAAGUUUCAGGACGUUUGCGUGAAGGCCUACCUGGCCCUGCGGCACCACACCAACCUGCUGAUCAUCUUGUUCUCCAUGAUGCUGAUGACUGGCAUGCCCCAGCUGACCAGCAAGGAGGACAUCGAGUACAUCCGAGAGGCUCUGACUGUGGGCUGCACAGAAGAUGAGGCUCAGAGACACUUUCUGGAUCAGAUCGAGAUCUGUCGGGACAAAGGCUGGACGGUGCAGUUCAACUGGUUCCUGCACUUGGUGCUUGGCAUUAAGCAAGGAGUAGAGAAGCGGUCAGCCUGACCUGGCCAUGGCAAAGAGACACCAUGAACCAGCCAAGUCUUUUUUAAGAGUAUUUUAUCAGCCAAUUUCAUUUUUAAAACAGGUCAGGGUUUGGGGUGGGCAGUAUGCCAAAAUAUUAAGGCGAGUCCGAAUUGAGUCACUGGGGUUCAAGUCUGCGUUUAGUCUCGAGUCACUUGGACACGAGUCAAAUCCGAUUAUCUCAAGUCUCUGGGGUUCGAAUCCAAUUUUGAGUUUUUGAAGUUUUGAGUUUCAAAUUCCAGAGACUUCAGCCUGGAAUCGAACUCUAACUCUAGGACCCUGAGUCUUGAAACUCUGGGGUUCAAGUCCAAGUCAAGACUUGAGUCACUGGGGUUUGGGUCCGAGUCAAGUCCCAGAGACUUCAGGCUGGAAUCAGACUUGAAACCCAAGUCUCA